ACACUAAAAUGUAAACUUAUCUUAUCGUUACGUGUGUCAUGGUGUCAAAUAAUACCCGUUCCACUACAUAUCAAUUGGUUACAAAUCUUCCCUUUUGGCUUCAAUUGCACGCAUCGUUCCCUCAAUUGUUUCUGAAAUUCUAAAAUUAUAGAAUGAGAGUAGAAGGUGCUUCGGAAACAAACGCAACAUCGUUAACUACAUCUGAAUCGGAAUCGGUUCAUGUUUCUGCAUCCGCAUCUGCAUCUGCAUCUGCAUCUGUAACUGCUUCUCCAUCAUCUUCCACAGUCGCAUCUCCCAGUGGCAAACGGAAUAGAGAUCCUGAAGAUGAGGUUUACGUCGAUAAUCUUCACUCGCAUAAACGUUAUCUCAGCGAGAUAAUGGCAUCCAGCUUGAAUGGCCUAUCAGUUGGAGACCCGCUUCCUGAAAACCUCAUGGAUUCUCCUGCAAGAUCAGACAGCAUGUUUUAUUUAAGGGAUGAACUACCAUUGCAGUAUUCACCAAUGUCAGAAGACUUGGAUGAAUGUAGAUAUUACGAGUCCAAUGCAUGCUCACCAUCACCAUCCCAACCCGAUAGCCAACCGACAAGCCCAGUUUCACCAUACCGGUUCCAAAGACUUGCUGCAGCUACAUUCUCACCUGGACCCGUGUACCCUGGCGCACCAGCUGUUACACCUUCACAGGCGCGCCAACGUGGGUCUGAACCAGAGGGGCGGUUCCCGUCAUCCCCUAGCGACAUAUGCCACUCGGCUGACUUGAGGAGGGCUGCGUUGAUGCGGUCUGUGCAGAUGAGGACUCAACCUAUGGGCUCGUCUCAGCUCGAUGCAGGGUUCAGCCCAAUGCAAGAGGUGGUGCAACCAUGCCCUUAUAGCAAGUCUCUGGUUCAAGAGGUUGAUAGUGAGUGUCCGAUCCAUGAAAAAUCUUGUAGGGUAUUGAGUAUGAAUACGAAAGGAGAUGAUGAGACCGCUGAUUAGUUAGUUUGUUAGUUGGUUGGUUAUUUAAUUAGUUGGUUAAUCCUCCUAUUUCGUUCCCCUAAUCUGUCUAGUAAUCUAACGAUAUAUCAAUGCGCUUGGUAGCCGAAAGAGAUGUCAUUAAUGACUAAUAUAAAUUAAAUCGCGACAAUCAAAUUCAAUAGGAACAUUAGUUAAAAUCUAAUGUUUAUAGUAUUUUAAAAUCGAUAAGUGUUUUCGAAACACAAGAUUUACAAUCA